AGAUCCAAGCAGGAAAGUUUCUAUGAGUAUGCCAGCUGUGCAGUUUGGUAGCUCAGAGGAACUCCGAAGUGGCACACAGGGGGGCGAACUAUGCUAUCUGGGCAGCAUGAUCUGGAUUUGGAAUACAGUAGUUUAAGAUUAUUUCUGAACACUCUAGAGAGUUCCAUUUCUUCAGGAGAGAACAUCAGUCAUCAUUGAAGUGAAUAUGGCAUGGUGAAUGAAGUCAAUGUGAAUCUGUCCAUAGAGCUGGUGACAGAUCCUGCUGGCUGAGCCUAUUUAUUUCUUCACACAACAAGGCUCUCCGGCUGCAGCUUGAGCCAUGGAGGGCGAACUGGGCGAUCAAGCAGCCUGCCCUGACAUACAAGCUGAGGAGGAGGAGGGUACCAAGCCUGAUGUCUUCUCCCAGCUCUGGACAGAUGUCAUGGGAAUGUUGGAUGGUUCAUUGGGGAACAUAGACGACCUUGCUGAGCAGUACGCCGAUUAUUAUAACACCUGCUUUACCGACGUGUGUGAAAGGAUGGAGGAAUUACGCAAGCGGCAAGUUUCUCAAGAGCUUGAAACGGAGAAAUGUGAUGCCGGCUCCACGUCAUUACAGCUGCAAUCAGAAACUGAAGAAUCACUGGGAUUUUGCAGUGCAGUGUCUACUCCAGAAAUCGAACGAAAGCUUUCUCUUCAUAAAUCAAGCUCAGAAGAAGGCUCAGUAGGAAAAAUUGACUGGAAAAAGAAAAACAAAUAUUUUUGGCAAAAUUUCCGCAAGAGUCAGAAAGGAAUGAGGCAGACUGCUAGAGGUGAAGAUGUUGGAUACUUGGCCAGCGAGAUUACAAUGAGUGAUGAAGAACGGAUUCAACUGAUGAUGAUGGUGAAAGAGAAAAUGAUUACCAUAGAAGAAGCUCUUGCCAGGCUGAAAGAGUAUGAGUCACAGAAUAAGACACCAGGUCCCCAGGACUCAGCAGAUUGGGCUGACGGAUCAUAUCCAGCCUGUGACGAGUCUUCCAAUUGUAAUUCAAGAGAGCAGUCUGAAGAUGAAUCUGAGGAGUCUGUAAAGUUCAAACGGCUGCACAAGCUGGUGAAUUCCACGCGUCGUGUUAGAAAGAAACUUAUUAGGGCAGAAGAAAUGAAAAAACCCAGUUCUGAAGGUAAUGAAGAUCACGCAGUUCCUCCUAUAGUAGAUGAUAAAUGUGCACUUUAUUCUGGAGUCAAUAAGAAGCCAUUGCGUAGAGAUAAUUCACUGGAAAAAAAGCCAGAAGAUUGUUCAUUUUCUGUGUCUCCUUCUUCUGGAAACUUUGACACGUUGAGUGUAAAUAGAAAAUUAGUAAAGACUUUAAGUAAAUCUGACAGCCGGGGCCUAAUCAAACCCCCCAAGAAAAUUGGCACAUUUUUUUCUUAUGCUGAAGAUGACAAGUCUCAAAAGGUAUCCCGCUCUAUGACAGAACGUGAAAUGAAAAAAGGCCUUGGUUCCCUAAGUCAUGGGGUAAGUACAGAUAGUGUUUGCUUUUAUGACAAAAAUAGGCACAAGCAUCAUCUUUUGGUUUCCCUAGAAGAGGUACAAAAUAUAAGGAAACAGAUAAGACUGAAGAAAAUUGAUUCUAACUACUCAUGUGCCAGAGCUUUUCUCUGUCAGCGUCCAGCCAGGAAAGCAACAUCAUCUCCAACCUGUGACCAGCAAACAUUCCGCCAAAGGUCCAAAGGUGGUGGCUGUGUCUUUCCCAACAGGAGGCCACGAGGUCGCACAGUCAGUGAAUUUAACAUAACCUACGUAGUGGAGAGGAGCUUGUACAGCCAUUUGAACUUAACCCAUCUUGUGCGACCUGUCAGUGACAGGACUCUUAGCAAAGCAGAAAAACGAUGUCUGCUGGAAGAGGAGGAGGAGGCUGAGCGGAAAUGGGCUGCGACAAUGGACCGUUGUACUAAAAGGGUUCUCUUGAGAAUCCAUCAAAAGUCUAGGACCUGCAGCUUUGGUGGAUUUGACCUGUCUAAUCGUUCUUUACAUGUCGGUAACAGCGAAGAUCAAUUGGAAAAGGAGGGAGAGUUCAUCUACAAAGAAGUAAUUAAAUCUCCCAGCACACCACGCAUCUCACUUGGUAAAAAAGUGAAAUCAGUUAAAGAAACGAUGAGGAAAAGGAUGUCUAAAAAAUAUUCAAGUUCUGUGUCAGAGCAGGACUCAAGCAUUGAUGGAAUUCCUGGCUCCCCAGAGUCUCCUCUGCCCCCUAUGAACACGCUUGAGAAACCUAAGCUGAAGGCUGGAGGUUCUGUAGAAAGUCUUAGGAGCUCACUGAGUGGACAGAGUUCAAUGAGUGGACAAACAGUCAGUACAACAGAUUCAUCAGCUAGCAACAGAGAAAGUGUCAAAUCGGAAGAUGGAGAUGAUGAGGAACCUCCAUACCGAGGACCUUUCUGUGGCAGGGCAAGAGUCCACACAGAUUUCACCCCCAGCCCCUACGACUCGGAUUCCCUGAAACUUAAGAAAGGAGACAUCAUUGAAAUUAUAAGUAAGCCACCAAUGGGAACAUGGAUGGGACUUCUAAAUAAUAAAGUUGGAACCUUCAAAUUCAUUUAUGUGGAUGUAAUAAAUGAAAUUGAAGAAAAGCCAAAGCGACAAACAAGAAGGCGGCGCAAAGGAAGACCCCCAAAGCCUAAAUCCGUAGAGGAACUUUUAGAUCGCAUCAAUUUAAAGGAGCAUAUGCCAACUUUUCUCUUUAAUGGUUAUGAGGAUCUUGAUACGUUUAAACUUCUUGAGGACGAAGAUUUGGAUGAACUGAACAUACAAAACCCAGCACAUAAAGCUGUUCUUCUCACUGCUAUUGAGUUAUUGCAGGAAUAUGACAGUAAUAGUGAUCACUCAGGGUCACAAGAAAAACUGCUUACAGAAGGAGAAAGUACAAGUGGAUGUUCACCAAGGGACUCAGGAUGUUACGAGGGCAGUGAGAACUUAGAAAAUGGCAAAAGUCAGAAGACCUCACCCAUCUCACCCGAAUCUACUUCAAACAACAAUAAAAAUCGGGUUAUUGAUUUUCCAGUGCUUCCUGUGAGUGGCCCAGAAGAAUCUGCCAAUGCAGAAGAAAGAGAAAAGGUUGGGAAACUUAAUAUUUCAGCAACAAAGCCUAUAGAUUUCUCUGGCUCUAAAAAGAACCGGAUGAGUUUACCAAGUCCAGUUUGUAGAAGUUGUGAGCCAGAUGGAACCAAAUGUAUACAAAUAUGGCCAAGGUCUCAUUCAAUGGACAAUCUCCAAGGGGAAGGUAAUGGCAUUGGUAAAAAUCUAUCUGUUUUUACACCAGAUGAAGAAAAAGAAUCAAGUGAAAAAUGUAGUAUGAAGAAAGUGGAAGCAGUACAUGACAGACUAUGCUGUAAUGUAGACAAUAUGGCUGAGUUCAGUGACCUUUCUAUUGAUCCUGUACGAGGCACAAGGACAUCACAAUCUGAGAAGGUUAGUGUGGGUUUUGGCUCACUUGAAACUUCACUUGCACCUUUGGAUCCAGUUAGGAUACAGACCAAAAACUCAUCACAGCCUCCACCAGUCCCGGCCAAAAAAUCCAGAGAACGAUUUGCUAAUGGUCUGCAUCACCCUUCUCUUACUACCAGUAUUUCAAAUUCAGAAGAUUCUUCUCAAGUUGUAAAAGCAGUUCCCUUGAGUCCAAGUGAUUUAUCUGCUCUUUCCACUACUGCACAGGAGGGCAGUACUUCAGUCACUCAACGACCAUCUUGGUUACCCAGUGUAUCAGAAGAGUCUAGCGUCCCACAUCAUGCUAUAAAACUGGGUCCUGUGUCAGCAAGAAAGAUUGCAUGUUCCAGGGGAAUGGAUCAGGAUGAAUUGAUAGAAAACAAAUUGCAGUCUGAAGAGAUUGAUCUUACUGAGGAACCGUAUUCAGAUAAACAUGGCCGUUGUGGAAUUCCUGGAGCAUUGGUGGAACGCUAUGCGGAAGAAUUGGGUCAGCUUGUAAAGGAUGUAGCAGAUACCAUGGACCAAAUUCGUGUUAGGCAUCUGCGAAAAAUGCACCGUAUGGCUAUACCAAGUGGAGGCCUCACGGAAAUUUGUAGAAAAUCUGUUUCUCCUGGACAUAUCUCAUCUGUCACAGAUUGGCUUGUUUCUAUCGGGCUCCCUAUGUAUGGCCAGGUACUAACAGAAGCAGGAUUCACUACUCUAAGUAAAGUGCCUACUCUCUCACAGACCCACCUGCAAGGAGCUGAAAUAAAGGACGAAAGACAUAUAGCCAAGCUCCUACGUGCAGCAGGACUUAUUAAAACCAUCAGUCCAGAAGCAGUUUAAAAUGUGGUUGCAUCAUGAGACCUGUUUUCACUGUCAGAUUUCACAGUUUUGAUGUAAAGGUCAUAUUUCUGGGAGUAGAUUUUCAGAUGACACAGAAACAUAUCUGUGAGCCCUCAAUACAUCAACUGACUGGUAGCAGAUUUAUAAAAGAUGUACUUGCUUGAUACGAUGGCAGAGUUUGGCCGGUUUUGUGCCAUUAAGACCUACAUAUCUAUGGAAAAAUGUUUACGCUGUUUGCCGUAAUCCGCACAAUUCCAGGCCAGAGGACAUUUAGCAGGCCAAAGUGUUAGAAAGGAUCCUGACUUUGAAUAUUAUGGUGUAACUAAUACAGUUGUUCUAUUCCAUAUUAAUGGUGAGUCAAUGUUGUGGCUUCUCCAUGGUAACCAACUUAUUUUGCCUUAAUUAUUCUUUCUAGUAGCUGUCACACUAGUGUUUAAUUGCUGAUUAACCACGAUCAAAAUACCCAAUUCUCAUUCAGGAUUUUAUUACAAAAAGGUCAUUCUUUCAACUGCCAACAAAAUGCAACGCAUUGGUGCUGUAAGUGUUGAAUACUACUUUAGCAUUUAAAUGGCUAAGCUGUGCAUCUGGACACAUGUUUAAUGGCAUUGUAUUGGAGGACAACAUUCUCAAUGUACUCC